GAAAGUAAUUUAAAAUAGGCGUGCGGGCAAGGUUAAAUCUAGUUUGCGUCGUAGUUCCUUUCUGAACUUGGAGGAGCACUCCCUUCGAGUCUGGAUAAUCGGAAAGUCCCCCAGCUGAUGACGUAACUAGACGGGGUGAAGCUGUAAACGGCGGAUUGAUUUGUCUGCUGUGACGCGGCUCAGCAUUAGGAGUUCCACAAGAAGUAGCGGAUUUAAAAACUUUCUGUCUGCAAGUGAAUUCGCUGUAAUUGCACUCUAUUUUAUAGAGCCCUUGGAGUUUUCAAGGGAAAACAUGGCUUUUUAAAUUGUGAUUUCUUUCCCUCGUCACAAGAGUUUGUGUGCCUUGCACUUGCAACGCACUUUGAAGCAACAAGGCUAUACAGAAAUUAUGGGGUCUUCAGGUCUUUCAACAACUUUGUCCAUUGUGACGCUUUGCUCCAACUAUCGCACAGUUUGUGCUUUUCAACAUUUUGAUCGAAGUAGAGGACACGAUGGCGGCAUCGAUCCUUCGCAGGAAAAUUCCUCCUAUUUCCACGGGCAACCUCAACAUUCCCCCUCUCCAACAGGCUAGCUGCAGCCAAUCACGGCCCGGGAAGGGGGCGGAGUUAUCGGAGGGGCAACACUUAAUUGGUGAUGGUCAUACGGAUUGGAUGACGGAAAAAGUUGAUUUGUCUUCAUUUGUUUUAACGACUGAGUCCUCUCCGAGCUCAUCCCUUCCGCCCUCACCGCUAGAACAGGAUGUCAAGGUGCCCUCAGAUCUUGAGGUCAUGACCUCUCUACUGCAGGAGGAGCUGGCUCAGCUAGAGGACUACUUCCGCUCCGAGUCAACAUCGACAACAACCAAAUUGGAGAAAUCCUCGAAAUGUGAUAAGGGUGCCCAAGCCAUGGGUACCCAGUCUUAUUACCAGUUGCCCUAUGCUUCAUAUGGGACCAGCCAAUCAGAAACCAGCCCUGUGGUUGUUACCUUGGCAACAGGGGAACUGGACCUGGCAAGCUUCUGUGGUGGUCCCAUCGGCCGAACCAAAAUAGCACGACCUGCCCCAUACAACUAUCAUCAUCGUUACCACCACAACAAUGGGCGAAGAAUAAUUAGUGAUGUUGUGAAAGUAGGAGAGGAAGUUGGACUUGAUACUUGGGGCUCCAGGGGAAGUUACUCAGGAAGCACAGAGUUGUCUGUGAACCACUAUUCUACACUGAAGACAGUUGGCAAGAAUAGUCUAGGUAGUGUAAAGAAGGUAAGAGAAUGUGCUUUAUCAUUGAAGGAAGAGGAGAGCUAUUGUUUUUCAGAAGGAAUGUUUUGCAGCGAAGAGAUUGCUCGAGGCUUUUGCCUCAGCAGUUCGUACGACAGCCAUCACAAGCGAGAAGGACAGUUGAUGCACAACGUGAAGGUUAAUGGAAGUUAUGAUGGUACGGGGCUAGAAGUCCUGCACUGCAGCAAAGACGGAGGACUGUCUGGAACUGUUCCCCAAGAGACAAUGGUAGCUGGUGACAGUUACUUCCACCAGUCCAUGGCCAGCACAGAGCCCUAUCAUAGCUUUAUUGGUGACCUAGAUCAGCCCUCACAAGCACAAGCUGUAGAGCCCCAACAUGCCCACUACCUCUAUUCAGAAUGCCUUCCAGACCAAAGCUAUGAAUGUCUGUCAAGGGGGGAAAGUGAAGGACCACUGAUGGGCACUUCCAUCCACCGCCCUACCCAGAGGCUAAAGCAUGAACCCUGCUCCCUCAAACCAGCUCUGGUGAUGGGGGCUGCAUCUAUAGAGGUUAACAGUGGCGAGAGGAAGCAGAAGAAAAGAGACCAGAACAAGACAGCUGCUCACAGGUACAGACUGCGUAAGAGGGCGGAGCUUGACUCUCUGGAGGAGGAGCUUCAUGGACUGGAGGGUCAGAACCGGGAGCUGCGUGACAAGGCGGAGUCGGUGGAGCGAGAGAUCCAAUAUGUCAAAGAUUUGUUAAUCGAGGUCUACAAGGCUCGCAGUCAGCGCCUGAAACAGGAUGGCAGUGCCUAAAUGCCCCAGCUGACCUCACUACAUACCAACCAGCACUGAUACAAUCAAGAGCACCAUUGGUUUUUUUUUUUAAAGAAAAAGAAAAAAAAGGUCGUUGCAUGAUUUUGGAAGUUCUUUUCUAAAACUGAACACGAGAGAAUUGCUUUAUAAUUGUUCCAAAAGAGUAGUCAACAAAAAAUGUACCUUUCCAAAUGGGUGGCUAAUCCAUAUGAAACAGGCCUUAGUGAGGUGACUUGUAGAGGAGAUGAGAUGCUGAACUUGUCCGUGACCACUGUGAUCCGAAUUGCACUUGCAGCCUUGUGAUGACUGAGUUUUUGCUUGCAAUGAUCGACCGUUUACAAAAUGCUGAAUUAGUAGUAGUGAUUGGAUUUGCUUGUGGUUGUUGUGACACACAUUGGCAGCAUCAAGGCAGAUCCUUACGAUAAAUGAUAUUUUAUUUUGUUUCUAUUCUAUUUGUUAAUGUAUCGUUUGCUUUGAACAAUCAUAAUAAUAAAAAGGGUUGCUGGAAAAGUAUUUACGAUGCUCUUGAAACAUUAUCAAAACAUUAGAAAUUUGUAGCGCUCAAAUGUUGACUAUUUACACUUUUUUAACCCACCUGAAUACCCAAUGCAUGUUUGAUUUUGGGGAAAGCAUGUGUGAUUGUUAUCUGAUAAAGGCAAUAUUCUGUUAACUGCAUGGCUUUGAGAUCUCCACCACCGCAAUUUACUGAGUUGACUUUAUUUUUUGUUUUAACUACCAACACGAGUCCUUCUCUGGUUUGGUUUUAGUUUCUGCUCCGAAGAACACCGUCAUUCACUGGCCUUUUUAUUUUCAUUUCCUUUGGCUGUAUUUGCGAACGAACAAUCGCCUGUUGACGCAACAAUAAAUAGUUGUUGGGAAUUUUACUUUGAAUUGAACAAUGUGCUUGAAAUUUAGGCUCUUCUACUCAUUGAUAUGGAUUUCAGGAAAUUAUACAUCAGGUAAAUUGCAGCCAAAUAAACCUGUCAUGUAGUGUCAUUAA